UUCACUUUKAUUCUUGUUCUGCUUUCGACAGAUUUACUUUUAACGUUCGCUGCAAAACUUGGAAGAAAUGAAGAUGAUAGAUUUACUUCAGAAGAGUCAGGAUGGGAGCCCGACAUCAAUAGUGGCAGCGGUUUAAGCGAGGAAAAAGUCGGCGACUCACAAGCCGGUAUAGUCAUUGUAGGAAAUAGCCCUAUCAAGCCCAURGCUCCGUCUAGCUUGAACAGUAUUUCGACACGAAGUAUCAUCCCAAUUAGUCCUGGAAAUAGUAUGCCAGUAAAAGCAACAGAAGGGGCUCAAUCUUCCUUCAUUCCUGCAGUUGGAGCUUCAGCGUCGCCGGUAGUACCACCACAAUUACCAUCAUCUUCAAURGGAUCUUCACAGUUGCCUCAACCACCGCCAGUUCCACUGCCGUCGAUAUCGAAGCCAGCUAUUCCGAUAUCCCAGCCGUCCCCUUCUUUACGCAUGGGUUUAUCUACUCARCCAGCUAAAGAGUCACCRUCAUCUCAACUUUUGCAGCCUUCGGUUUCUGCACCUCAAAUGAAACCGCAUACAGUGCCAUCCGUUUCGCAGCCACCAGCUGGAGCUCAGAAUCUCAAGCCUGYAUCWUCUAUCUCGGUUGUUUACAACCCRAGUGAACCGGUGUCCCCACCUGUCGGACAAAACAGGCCGACACUUGUGGUCAACCCUAACCAGUCAACCAUGUUGKCCAAAACCGCAGUUUCUGCAAUUGAAUCAUUAGUUCCUAACACGCCUUUCAGUGCAAAGCCGUACACCAAAGUGGCCCAACCAGCGCAAUCGCUCAAGAUUGUUCCCAGUGUUGCAUUUUCUAAAGUGAGCGGUGUAGUGAAGUCAUCAUCGUACGCAAAAGUGCCUCAAGUUGCUUCAUCUGUCUCAGUUCUUCCCAAUCCUUCUCUUCUCUCCCAAGUUAAAAUUUCUCCAAAGUCAUCACAAGUAACUGCGCCUCAGGUGACGACCCAAGUUCUGUCCAGUAGUGUAUCCCAGUCAGAAUUCAACCACGAGGGUCAUCCAAGUGCAUCGAUUCCACCGAAGACACGCUUUCAAAGCUUAGUCGAAGGCAGCGAAAAYAAGAACACAGAGAAUGGUAUCAGUGACAAAAAGUUGUCAAGCAAAGAUUCGUUAAAUGYUGAAGGRUCAACAAACAUUGUUGAUAUAACACAAGGAAGUGGAUCUGGAUUUGGUGAAGGAAUAACAGCCGAAGAGCAGCACAUCGCGACCGCACUUGCCCAAGACUCUAGAAGAAAGACAAACAGUAAGCAAUCAGAACAGGAUCCAGCGAAAAUGAUCAAUAAUAAGGGGUGUUACUAAAAGGCGAAACGGCGAAACGGCGAAACGACGAAACAGCGAAACAAAGAAACAGCGAAACAAUACAACUACCACAAUGUACCACACAUGAUCCCUGGAUUUCAUUUUUGCCUAUUUCGAGUUUUAAUAAAAGAAAACGGGCUAUUUUUUUUAAACAUUGGCGCAUCGGGCAUGUUAGUAAUCUGUCAUCGUCUAAAGAUAACAGUCUCUGCAACACACAACGUUCUGUCACGCCAUUUGAAUCCACUCAGUUCACAUACGAG